UCGGCACAUUGCCCAUCUAUCUAAUCAGUACUUAUAUACGUCCGUGCCCAUAACAUUGCCAUAGUAAUUUUAAAUAAAGUUGCAAGUCAACUAUUCAUUCUUGUUACACUUUUCUAACACAGUCGGAUAUUACGGGAAAAUUGAUAACAGCAAUAGAAGGCUAGUUCCUUUGAAUGAAAAUAAUAGUGGACGCUUCCCAGAGGAAGUCUGAUCGACUGUCGCCAGUCGUUAUCUAAAGCCAGGGUCCUUAUCUCUCCAAUCUCCUAGUCUUGGACAGCAAGCAGAAAAUGGAGUCGCUGAUUCGUUUGAUGACAGUUUGUGUACUGGUUCUUUUCGCCCAUGGAGAUGGGGACCAUUGCAGAACCCUGUUUGACGAUUACAACACAGAUCACCAAAGCGGCCUCAACAGAGCAGAAUUUAAAAGCAUAUUCAUUCCUACCUUCGACAACGAAUUUCCAGCUGAUGGGCGCCUGUCACGUGAUGAGGUGGUGACCGGUUGGCACUCCGGACACUGUGACAUACAGGACACAAGAGAUGGACUACUCAUCUUCCUGGAGACUGACGUGGACAGGGAUCUGUUUGUUACAGACACUGACCUUAACCAAAUCUUUGACGAGUUUGAUUCUGAUAGCAAUGGAAAUAUCUCCCCUACCGAGUUUGCGCGUGCGUGGGAUGCCCGAUAUGGGAGACACACACUGCACUCCGUGGACCACCACUACCACCACGACUGAUUUCAUAAAUACUGAGAAAUGGUC